AUGGCAAGCUCUCAGUCGACCAACGAACUCUCGCAGAAGAUGAGUGACAUGUCAGUCGGUGGCAAACGGCAUGUCGACGCUCCUCGCUAUACACCUCCACACCGCAAGUACGCCCAAGCCAACAAGACCGUCGAGACAGGCACCACAGCGCCAGCCAAGGACGCGAUCAAGAUACCCACAUCAACACCUGCUGCCACUGAGAACAAGACUACAUCCGCUGCCACAUCACUCGCUGCGACAGACAAAGACUCGGAGCAAGACCCCGAGAUCAAGCCAGCCCCCAAAAGAAUCGCUCCCCACCACAAAUACAGCAAGCCUGCCACCAAAGUCGCAGACUCCUGGGAAGAAGAAGCAUCCUCGGAACCAGAGCCCUCAAAGGCCGCAAACACCACUACCAAGCCAUCCCCAGACACCGCCCCUGUGCCCAAGUCGAGCUACGUCCCGCCUCACCUGAAAUACCGCUCGGCCGCUCCUUCACCACCCAGUCGUAGUGUCACACCGCCUUCCCGUGGCUCUACACCCUCCUCACACUCCACACCUUCCUCGACUGCCUCCUCCGAGCGCCGGCCCGAAAAGACAAACGCCGUAGCUCACCGCUUGAUAGCCGGAGCUUUGGGUGUCAAGGUUCCAAGAAGGACAGAAGAGCAGAGAGCUUACGACAAGGCUAUGAGGGAGCAGGAGAAGAGAAAGAGAGACCAGGAGAGAGAGGCUAAGAAGAAGGCAGAAGAAGAUGCAGCAAAGGCCAAGGCUGCUAUCUGGGACGAUUGA